GAAGAAUGACAAACUAACCUUAUUCUUUUCAGCGUCAUUUUCCAUUAUUCAUUUGUUAAAGUUUAAACUUUUAGAUCAACAAUGUCGAAAGCCCAUCCUCCAGAAUUAAAAAAAUUUAUGGACAAGAAGUUAUCUUUAAAACUGAAUGGUGGUAGACAAGUUACCGGAAUUUUACGAGGAUUCGAUCCUUUUAUGAAUCUAGUUGUAGACGAAAGCAUCGAGGAAUGUAAAGAUGGUACGAAGAAUAAUGUUGGAAUGGUGGUUAUUCGAGGAAAUAGUAUAGUUAUGUUGGAAGCAUUAGAUCGAAUAUAGCCAAGUAAAUUUAAGUAUGAUGGUUCAAUUCACACAUUUAAUUUAAGACAAAUAUUUAGGUAUUUUUUUGUGUUUAACUUUAUUAUAAUUGAUAAACAAUGAAUAUAUUUUUUUGAUUUAAUUACACAUAUUUUUUUGAAUCAACAUGAACGUUUUCGGUGAUAAUUCUAAGGUAUUACUUUUUGUCUGUGUAAAACUCUUAAUUAAUAGCUUAUAAAUAUAUCAGACGUAUUAAAAAUCCAGUGGUGAAGGAUUGUCUAAAUAAAACAUCUUUUAAA